CAUCUCCCAGUUCGUGUAGAGACGUAUCUAUGAGCGCCCGAUUGGUAUCUCAUAUUUCAACAACGUGCUCAGUGGCAAUUGCAGGGUUUGGAAGUUCACUAAGCAAAUAGAAUGUAUGUGUAAUCAUCUCGAGGAUACCCGAACCUGAGAACGCUGAUGGGCCAAUGGCAAAACAGCGCCAGCGUGCUUCCACCAACAUUGGGAAAAUAGCGCGAGAUUUCGCCCCGCACCCAGAACCCGUUGCAGCAUCAUCACCUUCCAACAUCAUCAACUCCUCACGGAAUACUCUGAACGGCACUCGGCAACAAUGUUUCAACAUCUUUCGCGGUAAUUUCGCGCGCAGCAUCAACAUCGAAUGCCACCGUUGGCUGUAACUCCAAAACAGUGAAUAUUAUAGUGAAACGCUAAAGAGACAAUUUCCAAACAGUGCUCCACAAAGGUGGUCCUGGCAGCUCAAGACGAGAACCAUUGCUAUCUGGAGCAUUUGACCCCGGGCCUUGCUUUAACCGACGAUAAAUCACGCUCAUCAUUGGCCACUGCAAAAUUACCUCGUCGUUAUUGUCGUCGUCACUAUUUCGUAAAAGUGCUUUGUUUCCAGAAGUACAGCAGUUUAUUCAUCCAGUGAACAGUGUUUCGUGGUGUCAACACGGGGAUCGGAAACGUCCAAGCGGCUCCUCCCAGCCAUUGGCGAAAAGUGUACUUCUGAUCAAACAAACUGUUGGCAGCAGCCGUAAGAUACGAACUCGACUUCUUCAGAAUUCUAUACCCAGUGUUUCGAGUUGGAAGUGUGCUCCGGAGAACCCAAAGAAGUUUUUUGUUUCCCGAAGUGGCAGAGCAGUGUUCAAGAUGAAUAUGCUGAGAUUAUUUCUUGCGGGGGUGUUACUGACGAUGGAAAUCCUGUGUGAGCAUCUAGUCGAGUUCACGUCUAAUUACCGUACCAACUCACAGAUUGAUUACGCCUUCCGGUACUACAUCGAUCAUCCACAAACGGGUGUUUCACUGGAUCAUUGGGAAAAUCGUCGCGGAGAUUAUGUUCAUGGAGGAUACGGUGUCCUUGAACCCGGAGGAUAUGUUCGUACUGUUCACUACGAAGUGGAAGGCAACAGUGGUUUUAGAACCGUCAUCAAAACUACCGCUCCAGGGAGCUCGUUGCAGUACAAUAUCCACAGUGGCAAGAAGUCCCAACCGCCUCAUCCGCUGUGGAAUGCACAACCAGUUGCAUUCGUGCAAAGCGGCCAUUAAUCUUAGCGCCAUCAUCCUCUAAAGGGUGUUUCACAACCCCACCGCCAGCAUCAACCCCAUCGUCUUCAGCAACCCAAAGAUCCCCGGUAAAACUGCCCCAAAUCCCACAACCGGUUCAGGACCACCGCACUGUUAUGCAACCCCACCAAUGGCGGUCACUUUCUUCAAGUGACUUCGAUUGCGAGGAUCAUCGGGUGGGUGAACGAACGUGUUCCACUAAUAUUCUACACUUCUUUCUUCUUCCAGUUGCAUAAAAGUAUCCUCAUCUUACUGCCCCCACGAUGUGGCACCGGGCGACGAUAAAACAAAUCGAAUACUCAAACCGCCGAGGCGUUAAUUGUCCCUUGUCGUGCUAUAACCGUUUAUUAGUGUAGAUUUAUUGUAAAUAAAUAAAGUAAUUUUAGCCGCACCACAACCCGAUGGAAAA